AAAUAACCUCCAAACCCAAAAACCGCGCAAUGCAAAUAAACACCGCGACGCUUUCCAAGUGAAUGUCAUUGAUAAAUCGGUUGUUGUGAAGAUUAAAAAGUCUAAGUCCAUGUGAUAAGCCCCAGACUCCUUCUCCAACAGAUACACUCUCUUAUUUUUCACACAUCAGUUCCUGCAAGCUUCAAGUGCUGUUCCAUCAUGUCUUCGUUACGCUUGAGCAUCAUCGUCGCAAUGACUGCAGAUAAUGGAAUAGGUUUCAAAAAUUCUUUACCCUGGUCUCUACCAAAUGAGCUCCGCAACUUUGCCAAAUUAACAAAGAAUUGCAAAGAUAAGAGCAAACAGAAUGCUGUUGUCAUGGGUCGGAACACAUGGGAAUCAAUUCCAGCCCAGCAUCGUCCUCUUAAAGAUCGUUUGAAUGUGGUGCUGUCUAGUACUCUGAAAGAUGCAGGAGAGGGUGUCCUAGUCUGUCCUCGGCUGAAGGAUGCAUUAACACUAUUGGAAGAAAAUUAUCAAAACAAGAUUGAAAAUGUUUGGAUCAUUGGCGGUGCUCGUGUGUAUGAGGAUGCAUUGAAUCUAAGUAAUUGCCACAAGUUACAUGUUACACACAUUCAAGAGAAACCUGAAUGUGACGUAUUCUUCCCAACCAUUCCAAGAGAUUUUCAAAUCAUAACCACGAGUGAGAUGGUUGAAGAAAAUGGUUUCCACUACAAUUACCAAGUGUACGAAAGAAGAACCUCUCCAGACGGUGAGGCAAACGGGAUAGAGGAUAGCACUAAAUCAUGAUGCUCUGUUUAAAGUAAAGUUUUUCACCGAAACGCACAGUUCAUUCCUUAAUAGAAUUAAUAGUUGUUCACCAAAGAAUCUCAAAUUGAAGAAUGUUUAUGUUAUCAAGAUUGUAAUCAUUGUUUCAAAUUUAAGCUAAACCUGUAGGAGCCAUUUUAAUUUCUCUAAUUCUAUAUUCAUCCCAAGUUAUGAAAUAUUAAGUUUUAAUUACCAAAUAGCUCCAAAUUAGAGAGAGUAAGUGCAGACUGAAAGUUUUUCAGUUCGCUUGUCAUGAAGAAGAAAAACUACACCUGGCAGGAAAUUUUUGGGAGGCAACUUUAAGUUCUAAAGAGCAAGCCUUAGAUUAAAGCAGAAAAUUUUAAACUCUGAUUGCAAUUUAUUUUACGUGUAAAAAAAUACCAUUAUGAAACAUUCCUUGAUUCCAGUUUGAAAUUCUCUUUUACUUUAGGUAUUAAGACAAACAAACCAUUCCUACCCUCCACAAUCAAAGCCCUGUUGUUGAGAACCAGCAACUAUUUUGGCUCAAGUACUUUUGCAAGAUUUGCUGAACUUUCAUUUAAUGACUUUUCUCAUGGUGGUAUUAAUAGUUAUUCCUAAAUCAGCUCCGUUUCUAAUGUUAAAAAAUUGUAAUUCAAAAUUGGGUGGAAUGAAAUUCUUUUAUAAACCCCUUGGCAUUCUUCUUUGGUCUUUAAAUGAGUUUGAAAAACUUGAUUUUAUGAUAUUAUAAAAAAGGAUUGUGGAAGGAAUAUUAAGGGGAGUUUUGCUUCAGUUCAAACUGCCUUACUUUCAAAGAGAAACCAGGAAACAAUUUUCCAUCACCUAUUUAUUUUCUUUCAAUUUUUUUUAUUCAUGAUCUGCUGUAUAGAAAGUUGUAAUUUUCAGCCUCCAAAUUGAAGGAUACUUAAUUUUAAGCAAUGAAAAGCAUAAAAAUUCUCUCCUCUCAACCCUCUGUCCCCCAACCCUCUAUUUUGAUACUCUUUCGCGAAAAUCAUUGUAAUCUGUAUCAUAGUAAGCUCAUCGCUAAAUUAUUAUGCUGUUUCAUUUGAAUUUUUGAAUAUGUUACCAUGUCUUGAUUUUAAAAUUUAAA